AUGCGUACAGCCGAUGAUCGCCGGUCGCGAUCCCCGGCAACUCGCCGAAACGGCACGCUGCAGUCAUGCGAGCCAUGUCGGCGGUCGAAACAGCGAUGCGACCAUGAACGGCCCGUUUGCCGCAGAUGCACCGCAAAGAGGAUCACCGACCAAUGUUUCUACCAUCCAGCCCCGAUGACCCGCCGGAGAGCCUCGGACCAUACCGGUUCGAAUGCAAAUUUGGCCUCAUCGAGAAGGCUGACUAGUCAGCCAACCUCCAAUGCUUCGAGUCCCGGCUCAGGCCCUUUGCAUGGCGGGCGUUUAUACGCACCAUUAGAAGCGCCUUCUGCACUGCCGGGAUACAUGGGCUCCACGAGCUUCACCGCGGUCCUGGCAGAGCAUCGUAAUGAGAUCGCAUUUGAGCAGGACGAGAAUGUGGAGUCAUGCCCGGUGUUGGUUGUGGAGCCAGAUCGAGUCCAGUCCGGAGCCGAGGUUUUGCUUUUCCUGUACAAUCUGAAAGACCGUCGCAAACUAGUUGACAGGUUCCACCUGCGGUCAUGGAAUACGGUUGUACCAAAGAUUGUUCUGGAUGCUAUCAUGGACUCCAUUGACGAAAUCUUUAGCGGGUUUAAUGCCAAUGAUCUGAUGCCCCAACUGCAGAGUCUGGCCACUCAGAUCUUUCAGAAUUCCUCGCGAGCAUUGACUACGCAUCAGUCAAUGACUAUAAAGGAGUAUUGCGCUUCGUUCACAGGCCGGAAUACUCGUUGGGAAGCACUGGGGAAUAUUUUUACUCUGUGCGGCCAGCAGCUAGUGAUCACCCCCGAUAACGACCCUGCCGUUACCCAGGGAGAUGACCCAGGAGCUAAGGAUCGAUUAUUGGAACAAGUGACAGUGGCCAGUACAAUUUGUCUCAAUUUUUGUGACCAGGCCUCCGCUGCUAAUGAAAUGCUGGCGUGUCUGCAGUAUAACGAUGUCAUGUUACGAACACAGCUCUAUGGAGACUCGAGCUACCAAGCAUGGCGACGACUUGGUGAUCUCACAGCUACCAUCUACGCCGCUGGAUUGCAUGUGGAAUCUGAAAACUCAGAUGAUUGCCCUUUCUUCCUUCGGCAAUGGCGCCGAUGCUGCUUUACAUCAGCAUUUUACAUGGACAAAAUGAUGGCUACUUUCGUUGGCCGGCCACCACUACUGAAUUACCGAUACUGCACGUUAACUCCUCCUUUGGAUUUAAGUGAUGAAGCCCUUGUAGAAGGGGGCGAAGUUCUGGAUCAAGCUAUGUCAGAGCUUGACAGUGCAGGCUGGAGCACAAAGGGGAUUCGUCACCGAAUGUCAACGGGGCGAAUUCGAUUUCAACUAUCCGUCUUUAGAGAAAGAACACUGGAGAUCGCAUUGGCUAGCCACGAGCCACGGGAUUUGAUUCAAAAGUGCAAUGAAAUUCGUGAUGGUGUACGUGCAGUGUGGGAGUCGACUCCAGACAACCUCCGAUAUGAUCGAAGGCCAAGAGAUGAUUUCCACCAUGGGUGGUUGACUAUUGUUUACCUCUAUCUCAACUACUUGUACACCUGCUUCCUGCUUCAGCGAGCCUUGAUCAAGCAUACGAAUACUGGACAGGAGUCGCUCUGUGAUAUCUCGCGCCAGGUUCUGGGUAUCGUGAACAGCAUCACCACAAUGCGCAAUCCGAUGGUGGACCUUGACCGGCAUUACUCAUGGAUUGCUCUUACAUACGGUGUCCCAAGCUCCGGUGUUCUUCUACUGGAACUUCUACAUCAGUCUCACAAACCCGGACCACACAAAGUUGUCCUUCCACGAGCCGAGCUAGUCCGCAACCUAAGCGUGUUCAUCUCGAUGCUUUCUUGGAUUGCACGACCCGGGCAUGGCAAUUAUCGCGAAUGCAAAGAAGCCGAGAAGAAUCUGUCUCGCAUCUUGGACCAGGUCCUCGACCCACAGCCUGUUCAUCCAGAGAUGGUCCAUGAUGUCACGUCCGAACUAUCUAGCUUCUUGAAUUGGUCAAAUUCCAACAGCUGGGACCUUAGCUCGGAAUAUUUCCCUGCGGCGAAUUCGUUUGUCCCAUGA